AAGUUGGAAUUUGUUUCAUGAGUGUCGUUCAUUCAUCUGAUGUGUUGUAUUUGGAUGAUCAGCCACAGUUGUGUAAAUAUGCCAAUCAAUAUCCUUAUUUAGAACAGUCCACAAGUAUCUUUGAAGGGUGUAAGUGUCCCUAUUCUACUGUUUUAUUAGGAGAAGAGGGAACUUGUUUGGUUGCAUUAGCAAGUUGUUCCAACCGAUGGAUGGUGUUAGAUGCUAGAACUGGUGAAUUGUUGUUUGAAGUAUCUCUAUCAGAGAGUGAUUUGUUCCAACUCGUGAAAGAAACUUUUUCUUGUACCGAGAGUGGUAGUCUUUGUUCCUUGCACCUUUCGGUAGUGGAAGAAUACUUGCCAACUAGAUACCUCGUGGACUUGUGGCUGGUUUAUUCCAACGGCGUGGAAUUCUCAGUUGUCUUGCUAUUCCCUUUUUGUGUCAAAGUUACUCUUCGUAAUAGUGACGAUGGAUAUGGUUACUUGAAUAUGACGCGCAUAGGUAUAUAUAUAUAUCUAUCCUAUUUUUGUUACUUGUAUUAUUGUUAUACUGAAACCCUUUAUCACGUAAUAGAGUUGUUGGCUUUACCAGAAAACAUAUAUCCUUUUCAACUUGUCAAUAAGGCUAGUGAAUAUUUCUCUUCUGCAGAAUUACACGUGUCUCGAUGUAUUUUGGGUAUGGAUGUAGGAGGACCGGUAGUUUUGUUAAACCCAUGGAAGGACAGUUCAACCCAUUAUUCUUGUGCUAUUUUGGUCUGUAACUAUUCUAUUCUUUUUAUGAAGGCCAGUAACAGUAGUGAUACGAGUUGUCUUGUGAUGGAACAUUGGGUGAAUAUUGAACAGUUGUCUUGUAUUACUAGUGCAAUAUUAUUAUCUUUAAAGAUAUGGUCAAAAGAGGAAUAUACGGAUGAUGAUGAUGAUCGUUAUUCUUGUCUGUUGAUUGGGACUAUUCAAGGCAGUAUAGAAUGGAUAUGCAUGAAUGAUAGGAAACCAAAGAAAAUUUGUCAAAUGAAAACAGCCAUCAAGAAUUUGUUGAUCAAUUCCAAGUUUUUAGUGAGUUGUGAUGAAAUAGGCGAUGUUAUCAUGAUUCCAUUGGAAAGUGUUCAUUUAUCGCUAUUUUUGGACAAACCAUUGGAUGAGCGCUUUAUGAUUACUUUUUCAUUGGGUUGUAUUGUCCAACUAUUGGAAACUAUGGAUGAUCACACAUUUUUAAUGUUAUCCAACUCAGGAAGUUUUGAAUAUUGGAUUGUCCAAAGGGAACAAGAAACAGUUUUACAUCAUGGAGAAUCUAAUUUUCCAACUUUUCAUUGUAAAAGAAUCACAUUGAUAGGACCCAAUGCAGCUUAUGUAGGAUGGACAUUGUAUGCAGAUUUUCAUAAUCAGAAAGAAGAAAUGGUAUUUAUUGCAAUGGAUGGUAGUUUUUUGGUUCUUUCAUCGACUGCCAUAUCCAAUUGUAUUCGAGAUAGAAACUUUUCUCCUACAGCAUUGUCUUCUGAUUCGGAUGGAACUUUUGAAGAGUUGAAUUCUUCAGCUUCUCAUUUAUUUCAACAAAUGGACAAUUUGACUGGUAUACAACAACGAUAUGAGCAAAUAUUCCGAGAGUUUCAACAAGAAAUGAGUCGAUUGAACUCUUUAUUACAUUGGUACGAUGAGAUGAGAAAUGAGACUCUGAAGAAUGGUGGUGGUUUUCAAGUUGCCAUCAAGCAAGUGAGACGUAUCGAAACUGGAAAGAAGAUUGUUAGUCACCAUAAUCGUAGUUGUGAUGAAGGAGUUGAUGACCAAAUAGAUCAUAGUCUCUAUCACAUUAUAAUAGAAUGGACUUAUCACGGCAACGAAUUAUGGAUGCCUUUUUCUAUUCUUGUACAAUGGAAGAAUAUUUCUUGUGAUGAUGAUAUCGAAAUCCUUUCACAACAUACUUUUCAGUAUGACCAAUUAACUACGAGUACUCAUGAACUAAUGGAAAUUCCGUUAUACAAAACCAACGGAUUAUAUGUUCAUUUUCGUAUCUUUUUUAUGAUGUCAUUGGAUCAAGUGAGUCCUUUGUUGUCUCAUAUGAGUCAUCGAUAUCCUGUUUGGUUGGAAUUAUCUUGUGAAAGAAGUAAAUUGGAUGUUUUGGAUUUUUGUGAACCCAUAAAGAUAAGAUGCAACGAUGAUCCAAUAAGAAAACGAGAGACUCCGACGAUUACUUGUCGAAUGAGCAAUCCUUAUCAAAAGAGUUUUCAUUCUUCAUCAUUGUUGUUACCUCCUGAAUGGAAUUUAUCUGAAAAUGAUUGGUUUGUUCCUAUCAAGACGCCAUGGAAUGAAUGCAUUAUUUUGAUUCAUCGAGUGGAAACUAUCGUCAUACAAUGUUCUAGUCUCAAGUCAUUGGCUUUAUUUCAUUCAUGUUUAUGGAAACGUUUGAAUGAUGCUUCGGUAUCCCAACCAAAGCAACUCAUAACACGUUUAGAACAAGAAGAAAAAAGAUGGAGAGAUAACGAUAAAGUAAUUUUACAUUCCUUGCAACAAGCACAAAAUGAAUUACAACAAGCGGAACAAGUAUUGGAAAAAAUGAGAAGAUCGAAUGACUGUGCAGAGUCCAUCCAAAAUGUGAUUCGUUGUAUUUUAGAAGCUUAUCGAAUGUGGAGAGGUUGUUGUUUUGUGAUAACAUCCCAUACGCAAUGAAUAAUAAAGUACAGAAAUGAAAACUUUAUUCUCCCU